CACCCUCAACUGCAUUUCUUAGUCUGCUGUCAUAACAACCAUGCAUGGAGUGGAAUCCACCUCAAUGGACACCAACCCUGCUCUGCAACAACUGGAGUCACCGGCUGCUCAACACUCCUUUGGGUGGAGAUUGAUGGCAGAGAAGUUCUUGAAAGGGAAACCCAAACUCCUGGGGACCAUGCAGAUUCUGAUUGCUCUGAUGAACUUUGGAUUGGGAAGAGUGACAAUGAGUAUCAUAAUGUCAAUUUUUAAUGCACAUCCCAUUUUCUACGGCCUUGGUUACCCAAUCUGGGGCUCUGUGAUGUUUAUUAUUUCAGGAUCCUUGUCAAUUGCAGCAGGAAUAAGAACAUCAAAAGGACUGGGUCUGAAAAGUAUGGUGCUCAUCUUAAGUCUGCUGGAACUCAGCAUUGCCGUGGCCCUCUCUACCUUUGGAUGCAAAGUUGCCUGUGGUUUCCCUGGUGGGAGCAUCUUGGUCCUCCAAGUGAUAGUGACAUGCAUUCAGCUUGCCAUUUCUUUAACCCUCUCUGCGUUCACGUAUCAUGUGGCUGGUAGUGAGAUCAGCUGGGUAAGUAGCCUUCCUGUGGGAGAAGCAGAUGGAGCAUUUGAAGUAGUUGACAGAGUCACGUGUGCCAAAUCUGUGUGUGCUCCUGUGCAUGUUUCUGCACUAAGCUGCUUCAUCAGAUCAAAUUCUGAAGAUCCUUACCAAGACCUGUUAGCUCAAGCUGAACCUUAUGAAGACUUGACCAUGCGAGAUAUGUCUCCCAUCAGCUAUGACCCAUAA